UCUGGAGGCAAUGCCGGCGCCGGCAAGGAUAAAACCCGAGUGUUCCAACUCCAAACCCGUCUAUAUAGACGUGGAAGACGCCAUGGAGACCUCUGCUUCCCUCUUCAUCUGCGAAAUAUGCUACGAUGCGAAGCAAAUAAGCGACAUUUUCAUAAUCAAAGCCUGCAAACACUCCUACUGCUCCGAUUGCAUUUCAAAAUUCGUAGCUUCGAAGCUCCAACAAAACGUCCCCCAAAUCAAUUGCCCUGUUUCUGGUUGCACGGGGGUGGUGGAGCCUCAUAACUACCGCUCAAUUUUUCCGCCUCAAGUGUUUGAUCGUUGGGGGGAUGCGUUAUGCGAGGCUCUGGUGUUGGCUUCUGAAAAAUUCUACUGCCCCUUCAAGGAUUGCUCUGCGCUUCUCAUCGAUGAUAAGAUUGAAGUUGUGGAAUCUGAGUGCCCUGAAUGCCGCAUAUUGUUGGUUCCAUGGUAUGUUGGCAUUGUUUGCUCUGAGUUUCAGAAGCUGCAUGAGAACGAGAGGGAGAAGAAGGAUAUACUGUUGCUGAAUAUCGCGAAUCAAAAGCAAUGGAUGAGGUGCCCUAAUUGCAGGGUGUAUGUUGAGAGAGUUUCUGGUUGCCCUUUCAUGAUGUGCAGGUGUAAGUGCACCUUCUGUUACAAGUGCAAAGCUCGUGCAAAAGAUCACCAUUGUCUUAAUUGUGGCACUUAA